ACCACGGUCACAUUGCUCAAGAAACUGUCAUUCAACGCCGGUAAAAACAUUUUCCUAUUUUAUGGAACCUUCUGUUAAAAAACCCAAGAUGACGAACCCCAAGUUCAAGCAAAACAAAAAGAAGUAUUUCCAAGCCAAACGACAGGUGCUCCAACCAGGACAGCGCGGCUUCUUUGCCACGUGCAACAUCAACGAGAAGGCAUGUGUGCGCGAGUGCUACAAUCUGUUGAAUCACUACGCAGAUUUGCUCUACGGCCCGGAAAAACCGGAGACCGAGCCGGAAAAGAAGCCGGAUAAUGUGGAGAAGGAAGCUACCGAGGCAGAGAAUGGGAGUGGAGGAGCUGCAGCCAAUAAUGACGAUGACGAUGACGAUCUGGACGCAGCAGCAGCCAAAUGCCGGGAGACUCUUUCCCAACGCAAAGUGCGCUUUCAGAACAUGGACACCGGUACCACCAACUGUGUGUUUAUACGCACACUACUCGACGAUCCCGUGGAGCUGGGAAAGCACAUAAUCAAGGACAUACAAACCACCGGCAAGUCGCAAUCACGCUUUGUUCUGCGCCUGGUGCCCAUUGAAGCCGUUUGCCGCGCCAACAUGCAGGAUAUUAUCAAUGCCGCUGGCACACUCUUCGACAAGCAUUUCCUUAAGGAGCCCACCAGCUAUGGGAUCAUUUUCAAUCAUCGCUAUAACCAGCAGAUCAAGCGAGAUGAGGUCAUCCACCAGCUGGCCGAUUUGGUCAACUCCAAGAACAUUGGCAACAAGGUGGACCUUAAGGAGGCCAAGAAAUCGAUUAUAGUGGAGGUGCUGCGUGGAUUUUGCCUGCUCAGCGUCAUUGACAACUAUUUGGAGAGCAAGAAGUACAAUCUGGCCGAGUUGGCCAAUCCCAGCGAGAAAAAAUCGAAGGAUGAUAAGAAGGCUUCAGGGGAGUCUAAGGAUAAUGAAGAGAAGGAGAAGCAACCUUUAGAAGACUCCCAGGAAGGAAAAACUGAAGAUGGCGAGGAUUCCAAGUCGGGGAAGAACUGACAAGAGAAAGAGAAGACUACGAAGCCAUCGGAGGAAGACAAAGUCCAGGAAGAGGAGGCCUAGAAUAUAGAAUAAGCAGUCCCUGAAACUGAAGACGGCGUGGAUUCCAAGUCGAAGAAUUACUAAAGAAGACAAAGUCGAGGAACCGGAGGUUUAGAGAUUUCAGGAGCAAGAAUAUAGAAUAAGCAGUCCCAGACGAGUCAUUCUGCUGUGCAGACUAUCCCUGAAUAAAACGCUCCAGUUAUUA